AUGUCAUCCUUCUUCUACCCUCGUCACCAACAGCCCUCGGGCUACGGCCAGGCCCCCCUCUUCGAUUUCCUCGACCAACACCCAUCCCCCUUCUGCCCAGAUCCCUAUGAUAGCUAUCCCCGCCGUCCUUACUCCCACUCCCACCACCCCCAUCGCGAGUCCGCCGGCUUGUUCCAUCCCCAAGAAUUGGGCUAUCACGACCGCUAUCAGGCCCCCAACAUUCAUCCACUGCGCCAUUUGCGCCAGCAGCAGCUAGACCGAGAUGCCCUCGAGAGCCAUCCUCAUAGCUUAGGCUACAACUCCUCCCAUCCACUACAUCAAUUGCGUCAGCACAAGCUGGAUCGGGAUGCACUGCAGAACCGGUUUCCUUAUGGCCAUCCAUGUCGCCGAGCCUCAUUGCAUCAUGGGCCUCCGAACUACACCGAGCAGGACUCCUUGCGCGCCGAAAGAGCCCGAAGGCUGGCUGAAGCCAAGAUGAGGCAGCUCGGACAAUCCGUGCCGGAGGAAGAGAUGAAAGUCGAGGUAACGCUCCCAGACGGAAGACAGUGUGUUGUGCCGAUAUCCUGGGCGAAGAAGAUGCAGACGAAGUACCCGGGGAUCCUGACGAAUUCGAUGAUCAGGGCACAUCGGACGCCGUCUCCAGCCCCUGCACAACUGGACCAGCCGCUGGCGAGCGAAUCGGACCAUGACAGCGAUUUCUAUGUACUCGAUCCCACACAGGACCCAUCAAUACCUGUCCUCGCCACUUCUUCGCCGCCGCCUUCGGCCGCUCGCCGGAGGACGCCGAGUCCCCAACCGCCCAAGCAUUCGCCCGAAGAGCAGGAUGCAGCUGCUCGUCUGAUUCAACAGCAGUUCCGGGCGCAUCAAUCCUUGAAGCAUCUGGCUGAGCUCGAACUGACAUUCGACAAGCUGAAGAGCGAGUUCACCUAUCCGGCUCUGUUCGACCUCAAGUUCGUGGCCUCGCCCGAGCAGUCCGACAGUCCAACGCCCUCGUCGACCAAGCUGGCCUUCAACCACCCCGUCAACCGCUCCGUCCAGGCCUUCGAAGAGGGCCUCACCCAGCUCCAGAUCAAGGCCGACGCAAUCCUCUCCAGAGGCAACCCGAAGGUCAAGAGCUGGAGGAAACGGCUCAUCAAAGCUGUCGAGGCUCAGCUCGAUCAACUCGACCGCUUCAAAACCGAAGCCUGGUCUGCCCAGCAUCUCGCCCAUCUCGAAAGCGCAACCAAAAACCAAACCGACGACGGCUGUGAGGAUGUGGAGAUGACUGACGAGAUUAUGAACACCGAUGUUGAGAGUGUAUCUUCUGAUCGUCUCAGUGUCGACUCGGCAGCAUUAGCCAUCCCUCUCCCGAAUGAGGACGUCAGCCAAGUGCCCCCGGAGUCAGAAGAAACCCUGGUCAUCCCGGCGCCCUCGGAGCAAGCCAAUCAAUCCCUCGAAACUCUCGUCAUUCCCGUCGCCACUUCUGCCGCUCACCCACCCCCUCCUCUCUCCAAGAGUGACGCUUCCUUCGCCCCGGCUCGUGUUGUGGAUCCGCUGGUAACCAGCAAUGGCGACUUGAUUUGUCCUGCUCCAGCCGCGUCCAUCGGCUCGGAUGAUAUCCUUGUAUCUCCUGUUUAA